CGCGAGUCAGAAGAGGUCAGUGCCCUGUGACCUGCCGUCAUGGCGGAGGCGGGAUCAGACAACCGUUUUGAAACGGGAACUCUGACAGAAAACGUCGUAUCUGGCAACAUUUCAAAGGUUCUAUCUCACUAUCUACAGUCCCCUGAACGGCAAGGCUCGUACGUGAUGGGUUAUGUUGACGGGAAGGCGCAGCUAGACGCCUUUUUGGAGGAUUUUGACCGAGCUGGGUGUACCGGUUUUCCUCUCAGGUCGUCCACAUCGCGAGCCAAGUACGAGUCCAGACCCAAACCUGGUGCCAGCACGGGAGGAAGGUUGCCGCGUUAUGCAGGGGAAGAACGUAUCGUGUGGUCGUCCAACUCUGGGAAGGUUCCCAUCCCCGACACAGACACGCCUUUCAUCAUGUCAGGAACCAGGCAUCACCACUGUAUGUUCAUCAGUGAUAGGAAAAAUCCGCUGUUGAACAAAAGGAGUGGAAGGGCCACUUUUGGAAGAUCUGUGUGCAAAGCGGAGAUUCAUGUUCGAGAGAUCCGCGUUUUCCUUGACUACGCUGCUACGGAUUACGGCCCCUCGCCAUCAUCCAAUCAGAAGGCAGCCUUACGUAAAAGGUGCGUGAAUCGUCUGACAUCUGAUUUGAGAUGCGGAAAAGCUUCGCCUCCUGUUUUAAGGUAUCACAUCAGAGUUCCGCUACCGGAGGCCCACUCGGACCACCCUCUCGGAGAGGCAGCAGGGAGCGUCCAAAAAGUCCAUCCCGCACUCAUCUCGAAAAUCGGGCAGCUGGUUCAAGCGGGUAUCAGCGACUUCCGCGAUGUACAACAGUACCUGAAAGCUUGCACGGAAGAGCUGUUGGAAAAUGCCAUCGUACGACCAUACCCCACCGACCGCAGGUAUCACCCGCUCAUGAAAGAUAUUCAGAACCACGUUUGGAGGUUCAAGUUCAAACUAAAAGAAGAUCAGGCUAGAAUCAUCGACCUAGAAGAGCACGACUACCUUGGGUCUAUGGACGAUUUUCCAAUGGCCGACCCGAGAGAUUCCGUAACACUAAGUAGUAUGUCUACACAACCUCUUGUUGGAGGUGGACUUCAUCCUAGCCUGGGGUAUGAUGAUGAAAUGGAGGACAUAAGUGACGAAGAACCCUGCUCUAGGUCUAACGUAGCCUCCAGUUUCUUACAGCAGCACACGAUCCAGACUGGAAACCCUGUGGCAAUAGAUUGUGUGUUGGGUGACGGCUCCACCAUCCCAUACAUGCUGACUCCAGUGGAGAUGGUAUCGGUAGGCAGUGAGACAGAGAUUAGCACCGCUGGUGUGCAGAGACAACUUGGUACCACACCAAUGCUCAAUAACUCCUUUCUAGAUGAUGAUGUUGAAUACUGGCAGAAAGCAGCUAUGGCAGAGAUAGAGAGAUUACAAGCUCUGACGUCCCUCUGCACAAAUGCUGCAAGAUUAAAGGAGGUUUCAGAAAGAGUUAAUCAGAUGUGGUUGUCUCUCAAGAAGGAGGUUCUUCCAAACGAUUGAAUGUAGAAAAUUGCAGCUUAAAUCUGAAUGCUACUUAGUAGAUGCUUGGCUCUAAAGCUGAGAUAAAGACAGAAAAAUACAUUCACAAGGAAGCAUGUGUAAGAGCGUGUCAGUAAGGCACAAUUGGUUCUAAUCUGAUGUAGUGUCCUUACCUCACUUCACUCAAUCAGGUAAAAAUGAAUACCUAUUAAACUGGUUAGGAACAUUCCUCGGAUAGGACUUUAGAUAAAGGUCCCGUGUUUGAGGAGAGCCACACCUCGAGCAGGUAAAAGAGCCCACUGCCCACCACAGGUAUCAAAAAGAGUAGGGAUCCUUCCUGGUGUGAGUGGAUCAAAUAAAUCUGUUCAGAUAUACAGCUUGUAGUUGCACUCCUGUAAUUAUAUAAACUUGGUGCCUUGAGGAUAUUUACCAGGUAUGCACUACAAACAAAUGUAAUAGAUAUGUUGCCUAUUUGCUAAUCAGAAAUGUAAAACCUACGAUGUACAAUUAUGUUCAUGAUCAAUAAAUGUCACAUCAAUAAGACAGAUAUUUUGUGCUAAGGACUGAAGUACAUUGAGCAAUGGGGAAAGGGUAUUGGUAUUUAUCCAGACUAUUACAUAUACAUUUGUAGAUAUGUUACCUUACUUGCCAUAUCAUAGUGAACCAGCUGGUAGGCUUUGAAGGCUGAAGAAUUUUGAAGCCAAAAGCCCAUAUCUUACACUUAAGAAUCUGAUCGGGCCUGAUACAGUGGAGAAGUCCUGACCGGAUGCACAAUAGAGAAUACUGGAAGCCGAAGUUUGUGUACUCUUGUUCAACUCUAGGGUAAAGAACAUGUAUGUAUGUAUUAGAUAUCAAUCACACAAAGAGUAUUGCAUGCAAAGAUCAUUAGAUUCAUAAGAAUAGACCCCUGGAAUAAGAGUGACGAGUUCCACAGUGGAAGAGAGCCCCCUACCUUGUCAAGUCUUAACUGCAGAUUGACCUAGCCUAGAGCAGUCCCUGAAUUUAGACCAGGCACAUACAAUCAUCAUUUCUCAGCAGUAUGUAGACUUCUAGGGAUAGUAUUCCACCAAAUGGACAAGACCUGUCAUACGUUUUCCUUUCCAGUUGUAGACUGCUUUUACAUUAUGUGUCCUUGUAUAUUGUGAUCAAAUCUACACAAUGCACACCUCAUGGCCAGCUGUUGCAGGAAUGCCCCUCUGACGCAACAGCUUGUCCACUUACACUAAUCAAAGAGCUUUCCUUGCACUAAUACAAAUGUACAUGUUUUCAACUAUCCAUAAAUAUUCUGGUGCAGACCUU